CUUGGGGGAAACAUUCUAACUACGCAUGUUUAUGCAGCAGGUUCUCUGUCAGAAAGCGUAACGGUCGUACAUACAAAACAGCAGAAUAAUAGUAUAGAUAACUUAAACUCGGAAACAUGUAAACUCGCACUGUAACCUUAAUAUAAACGAAGUUCGAUAUUAUCUUUACCUUUAUUUAUGUUUAUGAGUCAUAUCGUGACGUCAUGAACAUGAUAGGACGUUGAGCGUUUUGAUUGUGGUUUGCUUUACUAACUGCAAGAACUUUAAAAAGUUGAUUUUUAUAAAUUAAAUAACAUUUUGUGCACCAACAGCUAAAUAAGAGUAUCUUGAAAAAAUGAGUUCAGAAUUACAGUCAAUAAACACCUGCCAAGAUGGUAAUGGAGAAGAUGUAACUGAUGCACGAGGCCUAACAAUUUUUAAUAAACCUUCUGUUCAAUCUCCUUACUUGUCAGUAUAUGUUGACAGUGAUGAGUAUAAUAUGAAACACUCAAAGAGAGGAAAAUGUCUGAUCUUCAAUAAUAAAGAUUUUGAAAUGCAUACACGACUAAAUGAGAGGAAAGGAACUGAACGAGAUGCUGAACAACUAUAUCAUUGUUUUAGAGCAUUAGAUUUUGAUGUUGUCUUAUACAGGAAUUUAACUGUUAAAGAAAUGCGUAAUGAAUUAGAAAAAGUGAGUAGAGAAGAUCAUUCAGACAGAGAUUGUUUUGUCUGUUGUAUCUUAAGUCAUGGAGAGAAUGGUUUAGUGUAUGGAAGAGAUGGAAAAUUUCCCAAUGACAUGAUCUUUUCUCCAUUUACAGGAAAUGUCUGCUCCACCUUAGCAGGUAAACCAAAAAUAUUUUUCAUACAGGCUUGUCAAGGAGAUAAAUUGGAUAAAGGGGUUGUUGUAGCUCAGGGGAGAGAUAUAGCAGAUGCUGCUUCACAGUUCUUCAAAAUUCCAAGCCACGCUGACUUUCUCAUUUGUUAUUCUACAGUACCUGGUUUCUACUCUUGGAGAAACACCAGCAAUGGAUCCUGGUUUAUUCAAGCAUUGUGUAAUGUUUUAAAAAGCCAUGCCAAGAACACAGACUUACAGAGUUUAAUGACCAUAGUCAACCGAAAGGUGGCUUACGAAUUUGAAUCUUGUGUUCCCACUGAUCCUGGAAUGGAUAAAAUGAAACAGGUGCCUUGUAUAACUUCUAUGUUAACUAGGAAGAUAUAUUUUCGUCCUAAAGUUUAGAAGUAAAUGUCAGUUCAUUCUGUUUAGAAAAAAUUUGAAUUUUUAUACAAAAUUAUGAUAAUUUUUACAAACAUAAUCAAUUGCAGAAUUUAAUGUCCUUUGUUUUUUGUUUUCAUGAAAUGAUAAUUAUGCUACAGAUGAAUCUAUAAAUGAUAAAAAUUGUGAUAGUCAUAUCAUUCUAUUGAAUAUCUGUUUUGACAGGAAGAUAUAAUUUAUAUUAAGUUGUGUAAUGAGAUACAUUUUUGACAUAUUUACUUCAGUAACAACUUAAGGAGGCUGUUGAGCAUGUUGGUUCUGUAUGUUAUUUGUUUCUUAUUUUUUUACACUUCACCAAAAUUAUGAGGGCUAUUAUGAAUUAAACCAACUUAGCAUCUGUAAAUAACCUAACUACCUGAUUUUUGCUAAUUUUUAAGUUCUGUCAUCGCAUUAUCUAAAACUAACAGAAUCAUUAUAGAAAUGUAAUACAGUAGUUUGAUAUUUCUUUCAGGCAUAUAGAUAAAAUCUGAAGAAUACAGAUUUGUAAUGUCUGAAUUUUCUACAAUGUCAGUGAAAAAUUGGAAAUUGACUAUCUUUUAUGAAUAUUUUUAUCUCAUUCAUGAUAAAUCUUGAUGUAACCAUGCUGAGUGAAAAACUAAGUAGUCAUUUCAAAAGGUCUGUGUUUAAAUUGUGAUGGCUCAUCUUGUUAGAGGCUGUAUAUGUUUAUGAAGUUAUUAUUUGUGGUUUAUGAAUUUUCAAGUAAUGGCAAAAUGGUUCAGGGUUAACAUACUUCCUUGAGGUUUAUAGGACUAAAAAGGCAGUCUGAAAUGCAAGUAAUAAUGAAAUGGUGCAGGGUUAAAAUACAUCCAUGAGGUUUAUAGGGCUAAAUAAGUCAGUCUGAAAUGCAAGUAAUAGUGAAAUGGUGCAGGGUUAAAAUACAUCCAUGAGGUUUAUAGGGCUAAAUAAGUCAGUCUGAAAUGCAAGUAAUAGUGAAAUGGUACAGGGCUAAAAUACAUCCAUGAGAUUUAUAGGGCUAAAGAAGUCAGUCUGAAAUGCAAGUAAUAGUGAAAUGGUACAGGGCUAAAAUACAUCCAUGAGAUUUAUAGGGCUCAAGAAGUCAGUCUGAAAUGCAAGUAAUAGUGAAAUGAUAUGGGGCUAAAAUACAUCCAUGAGAUUUGUAGGGCUAAAGAAGUCAGUCUGAAAUGCAAGUAAUAGUGAAAUGGUGCAGGGUUAAAAUACUUCCUUGAUGUUUAUAGGACUAAAGAAGUCAGUCUGAAAUGAAAGCCUGUUUAUAGGUAAUUUAUAUGCCAGUUUUAUUGUUCUAAUAAAUCAUUUGUUUUUGUUAAAGAUGUCAUUGUUGAACUAUAAAAUUAAUACUUGCAAUCAUCAAGUUUGAUAGAAGUUAUUAGCAGAUAAGUUUAUUUGGUGUGUAUAAAAUGUUUUAUAUGCAGGAACUUGUCAUUAUGUGUUGAAAUGUGUAAAAGGAGAGGGGGGGGGGUUAUAAAGUGACUGUUGUAGAGUUCCAUUGUUUGUGACAAGCAUUACAAAUAAUGAUCUAUGAAAUAAAUACAAUAUUUCUUGGGCACUACAAAAAUCUAUAUUUUAUGGUUACAUGUGUUAACAUUUGUAUUUAGAAAAAAAAAGAAUAAUUUGAUGCUGUUUUUGAGAAUGCAUUUCUAUUAUUUUCUAUUUUUGACAUAUUGCUAUUUUUUAAAUACAACAUACAAGGCUUAUUUUUCUUAGACUCCAAAGAUACAUAACCUUCCCUGUGUUGUUUAACUAGUGUAACCAGUGACAUGGAAACUCAAAAUGCUAAUAUCUUUUAUUUUCUCUUUCAAGAAAAUGCCUAAAAAUCAGAGGAAUUUUGUAAAAUCAUAAAUAAUAUUCAAUGUUGAAUAUUAGUUAUGAUUUUAACUUUAUACACAAGUGUCAAAAUACUGUAAUUAGGAAUUUUGUAAUCAGUGUUCCAGAUAAGGGGUUUUAUUUGCGUAAUUCCCAACCAAACGAUUUAUGGCCUUAAAAAAUAUUGAAAAGUUGUUUUACUGCCAUGGAAAACUAAUACAGCUCCUGCCACUUUAACGGUAGUACAGUAAUUAAUGGACACAUUUAUUACUGUAGCUUUCUGCAGUUCUCUCAAUAGAGCUGGAAAAAUAAGUACUAUAGCUUCCAGAAGUUUCUAUUGGUGCACUGAUGAAUGAUCCAAUUUUGUGUAAAAAAAUAAAAGAAAAUGUUGUGAUGUCAUUAUUUGUCUUUAUUAUGAUUACAUCUGGUGAUUUAAUUUGAUAAAUUAAUCUUGUGCCAAAUUUUACCUUUUGAAAUGGUAAAAUAAUUCAUAAAUAGCUAAGUUACUUUUUAUCACAAAAUGUUACUGUUGCACAUUGUAAAAAAAACUUAAAAUUACUCCCACUGACAGAAUUCUGGGAGUGAUUACUCAUUACAGAAAAAAAAUCUGGAGUACUGAGUAAUUUCCUUGAGUAAAUUCUUAGGUUAAAAGUGCUUCAUCCUUUUUAGGUCUUUAAAUUGAUCUUUGGCUAAUAAGUAAUGCAUCUGUAAGUGCAGAUCAGGAUGUUAAACCUCAAAGACUCAUAUGUGAAAAACAUUAAAAUAACAGUCUUAUAGAGAUUAAAUAAUUCUUUACACACACUUUUUUUUUUGGCAAACCCACUUUUCAGUCCUCUUUGGUUCUUGUUCUUCUGGAUUUUUGUGUAAUACCUUUAUAUUUAUUUUUAUUAGAGUGUUUCAAAUGAAUGAUGGUAGAUUAUGAUCUCACUUUAUACGUGAUCUCAAUAACACAGCAGUUUGUAGUAGCAAUGUUAGCUAUUACUGAUUGCAAAUAAAUACAUAAGGUUCAACUAUGCCAUAAUGGAUUUGUACAACAGAAUAGUAUUUUGUAAAUUUCGCUCAAACACAAUAGCUUUAACCAUUCCAGUUACAGAAGAAAAUAUUGCUCACUUUGAAUUAGUUUGUGUACUACCACAUGAUUAACAGUAUUAUUGGUCUGUUUGGAUUUUAAUCUUGACCAGUAUAUUUAUAUGUGAAAAACAUUGAAGUUUUAAAUUUAUUCUUUGUGAUGUUUACCCAAUUUUUAAGAGUUUUUCUAAAUCAGUAAUUACUCAAUGUGCCUUUUGAGAAAUAUUUAUAAGUACUUGAUGUAUAU